CGACUCCGGCCCCCGCCCCCGUCCCCGCCCCCAAGCCCCAGGCGCCCUCCGUUCCGGAAAAGCCUGCCGACGGCCCGGAGCAGGAGAAGCCGCAGUGUGUCAACGGGGCGGGGUCUAACAGCGCCCCGGCGGCCCCAGAACCGCCCGAGGCCACGCCUGCCGCCGAGGAGCCCCGGAACAAUCUGGAAAAGCACGCCUCCCCUAAGGAUGUAAGCAAUGAACAAAAUGUACCGAAGGAGGAUGCAGAAACGCAGCCUGUGCUAGAGAAAACAGAAACUGAGGGGACAUUAUCAUCACUCAGUAGAUGACUUGGGGAGAGCUGGACUGCUGCUUGAAAGGGGAGAGGUGGAGUUCGCAGGAGGAUGUGGAACUCUAGGUGUUUCACCGAACACAGACACCUGAACUGAUGACAAUGGGUAACUCAGAGAGCCAGUACAGUAUUCAGGGCUCCAGGCGUGCCGGCCUCGUCCUCCCCGGGAAACAAAAACCCUGUUCCCUGAAGUUCCUCCCCAUCAAAGAAGAAGCUCUGUCCCUGCACGGCUGGUGGAGGGGCGGGGCCGGGGGAUCAGCCACCCACCUGCGAGCGGCAGGGAGCGGCUGCCAGUCUCACACUACCCACCCCUAUGACUCCAUCAGCCAUGGAAAUAAGCCCAGCCCCAACGGCAGGCUGCAACCCAAAACGUGCGAGCAAGACGGCGAAGGCGACGGUCUACACCUGCCUCCGGAGAACGGCUACCAUUACUAUGGCAACAGUGAGCUGGCCGACGAAUUGACAGGCCGUGCCCUGAACAGGCGGUGGUCGUCUGGGGGGAGGUUCCCUGGGGAUGGGCGGGGAAGCCCCAAGGUGGUGAUCCGGAAGGACGGGAGCCUCCGGGUGGAGUUCACCAGCAUGGACGACGGCGGAGAGGCGGCGGGCGAGUCGGACGGGCCGGUGCAGCUGCUCCGGUUCUCCCCCGCGGCCGAGUCCGCGGUCGGCCCGCCGGAGGAGAACCUGUGGCUCCGGACCCCCCGCGGCACGCUGUCUCCGCCCUCCGACCCCACCCCCCAGACGAGCAAGGGCAGCUCGGCCAGCUCGGACUGCUCCUGGUACGACUGGUCCUGCGGGAACGAUGCCGACCCCGCCCUCUCGCCCGGCGGGCCUCUGACCCGCCGCGCUGGCGACGCCAAACCGCUUGGCCGGUGCCCGUGCGCCGCCUCGUUCUCGGACCUGUACCGCGACCCCUCCCUGGCCUCCACCUUCCCGGCCGCUAAGGACCUGUCGGUCCGGUACCUGGACCCCCGCCGCACCCCCCACCGCCACUCCUGCGUGUCCGCCCUGGACGUCACCGCUGAGGAGGAGUGCCCGGAGGCCAGGCAGUACGCCUCCUACACGCUGCCCUGCCGGAAGGCCCGGCCGACUGCCGACGCUGCCGCCGCUAAGAAGGAGGACGGCCUGAUAAGACGCAUGCGCCGCUUCAGCGACUGGACAGGAAGCCUGAGCAACAGGAAGAGGAAACUGCAGGACUCCAGGAGAAAGGAGACCAGCGAGUGCUUCGACAGCGGGGUGGACGGGCUGACGGCGGACACCAGCUCGCCCUCCCAGGGCUCCAGCCUGCUGUGGCACCCGGGGGCGGCCCCGCAACCGGCGGCCCUCUGCGAAUCGGCCAACGGCCUCCACGGCAACGACGCGCUGCGCCAGAACAUCUACCAGAACUUCAUGCGCGAGCUGGAGACGGGCCGCGCCGGGGGCGGCGGCGGCGGCGGCGGCGGCGAGCCGCACGAGCCGUCCACCGGCACCGAGGACACCAGCAGCGGCUCGCUGGGCUCCCUGGAGCGGCUGGACCUGCGCUUCGAGAAGGAGCAGGGCGUGGUGCGGAAGGCCGGCUGGCUGUCCUUCAAGCCCCUCCUCACGCUGCACAAGGACGGGAAGCUGGACAUGGUCCCUCGGCGCAAGUGGAAGCAGUACUGGGUAACGCUGAAAGGCUGCACGCUCCUGUUCUACGAGACGUACAGGAAGAGCUCGGCGGAGCAGGACGUGUCCCCGCGCUACGCCCUGCUGGCCGAGGACGGCGUGGUGCAGUCCGUCCCCGAGCACCCCAAGAAGGAGAACGUCUUCUGCCUCAGCAACUCCUACGGGGACGUCUACCUGUUCCAGGCCACCAAUCAGACGGAUCUGGAGAACUGGGUGACAGCGAUCCACUCGGCCAGUGCCUCCAUGCUGGCCAAGCGGCAGGGCAAGGAGGACACGGUGCGGUUGCUAGGCAGCCAGACGCGAAGCCUGCUGCAGAAGAUCGACAUGGACGGCAAGAUGAAGAAGAUGGCCGAGUUGCAACUGUCCAUCGUCAGCGACCCCAAGAACAGGAAGGCCAUUGAGAGCCAGAUCCAGCAGUGGGAGCAGAACCUGGAGAAGUUUAACAUGGACCUGUUCCGCAUGCGCUGCUACCUGGCCAGCCUGCAGGGCUGCGAGCAGCCCAAUCCCAAGAGCCUCCUGGCCACCGCCAGCCGACCCUCCAAGAUCACCCUGGCCCGCCUGGGAGUCUUCUCCGUGUCCUCCUUCCACGCCCUGAUCUGCUCCCGAAACGAGGCCAGACCCAAGAAGCACUCUCUCUCCUCGCUCGCCCAGCAGCACUCCACCAAGAGGCGGCUCUUCUCCUCGCUCAAAGGCCUGGACGGCCUCGCCAAGAGAGGCCACGAGCCCCGGCCUUCUUCCUCGCAGGUCUUUGAUGGAAGUUGUGAGGGACAGCUAAGCCCUCUUCCUCCCUGCAGCUCGGAGGGACUGGAUGGUUUGGCUAAUCUCUACGCUGCAGCCUUGUGUAAAGGCAGCCACUGGGACAGGUGCCCAGAGACUGCGUGCUGCGUUUAUCUGCCGGACCACAGGGCCGUCUCCGUGCCUGUAACGGGUGACUUAACGGCGACGGACCUGCUGUCCUCGGUCUGUAAGAUGAGGCAGCUGGACGCCCGUCUGCACGGCCUGCGACUGCGCAGGUGCAUGGGACAGAGCGUGGAGGUUGUCACGCUCGCCCCCAGCGAGCUCAUUCAGGACCUGCUGUAUGACAGCUUGGAGGUCUUCCCCCUGGAUGUGUUCGCCCUGCAGCUGUCCAGGCCCAACGACAUCUCAGAUUUUGGGUUUGCUGUGACGGGGCAUGUAGACGGCUGUGGGCACAGCCACAUCUUCGUGAGCGAGACUCUCCCAGAUGGACUGGCUUUCAGUGAAGGGCUGAGGCCGGGGGAUGAGAUCCUGGUGGUGAACGGGAGGACAGUGUCCAUUCUGGAACUGGGACAGAUCCAGCCACUUUUCAGCGGGCAGACCCUGGACCUGACACUGAAACGGGAAGUUCUCUUAGCCCCGCCCAACUCUGAACUCCAGGACCCUGGCCCCCCUGUCCCAUCAACUAGCCAGUCCCAGCUUCCAGAGGACCUCAAGGACGGUCACAACCAGGCCCGGACCUCUGGAGAUGAGUUCGGAGUGGCAGACGGCCACAGUGGCUUCGUAGGAUCUGGUCUGGAGAAUGGUCCACAGCCGCCUUACGGCACCCGCCAGGGCGAACAGAACCACGACGGAAAGAGCAUGGAGACGGUGCGCACGGUGUGCCACGCCUUCCAGGAGGGCUCCGGGGGCCUGACGGAGGGCCCCAAGGACCCCGCCGGGCCAGAAGCCGGCCCGCUGCGCGCCUGCCCCCGACACAUGUCCGCCACCGAGCGUCUGCGCAAGGUCGUCCAGGAGCUGCUGGACACGGAGAAGUCCUAUGUGAAGGACCUGAGCUGCCUGUUUGAGACGUACCUGAAGCCUCUGGAGAACGAGACCUUCCUCUCGAAGGACGAGAUGGAGAGUCUGUUCGGCAGCCUGCCAGAAAUGCUCUUCUUCCAGAGGGUGUUCCUGCAGACUCUGGAGGAGAGGAUCGCCUCGCCCCCGGACCUCAGCACCCUGGAGAGCCCUGUGCAUUUUAAGAAACUUCUCUUCUCCUUGGGCGGCUCCUUCCUCUACUACGCUGACCACUUCAAGCUCUACAGCGGUUUCUGCGCCAACCACAUCAAGGUCCAGAAGGUUCUGGAGAGAGCGAAGACAGACCAGGCCUUCAAGGAGUUCCUGGAUGCCAAGAACCCAACCAAGCAGCACUCGUCCACUCUGGAGUCUUACCUGAUUAAGCCUGUGCAGAGAGUGCUGAAGUACCCGCUGCUCCUGAGAGAGCUGGUGUCUCUAACCGACACAGACAGUGAGGAGCACUACCACCUCACAGAGGCUCUGAAGGCCAUGGAGAAGGUCGCCGGCGACAUCAACGAGAUGCAGAAGAUCUACGAGGACUACGGCGCGGUCUUCGACCAGCUGGUGGCGGAACAGACGGGCGCGGAGAAGGAGGUGGCAGAGAUCUCCAUGGGGGAGUUCCUCAUGCACUCCUCUGUCGCGUGGCUGAACCCCUUCCCCUCGCUGGGCCGCAUGAGGAAGGACCCAGAGCUGACCGUGUUCGUAUUCAAAAGAGCUGUGAUACUAGUGUGUCGAGAGAGCAGCAAACUGAAGAAAAAGAUGACCUCCACUCGCUCCGCGCACCCCCACGGCGACUUGGACCCCUUCAAAUUCCGUUGGAUGAUCCCCCUGUCGGCGCUGCAGGUCCGACUGGGCAACACGGCAGGAACGGAACCAAACUGCAUCUGGGAGCUGAUCCACACUAAAUCCGAGCUGGAGGGACGACCGGAGACCGUGUUCCAGCUCUGCAGCAGCGUCCCGGAGUGCAAGGCCAGGACGGUGAAGGUGAUCCGGUCGACCCUGCGGGAGAACACGCGGCGGAACUCGCGCUGGGACGGCGAGCGCGUCGGCAAGGAGCGGCUCACCCCGCUGCGGAGCGGCAUGCCCACGUCCGCCAGGAUCGGUUCCUCCAGAGCCUCGUGGAGGUGCAGCCAGCCCACCAUCGAGAUCAGCGCCCCACCGGAGGCCGACGAGGGCAGCCAGGGAGCCCGCGCCGACCCCGACCCGGGCGGGAGGCCCCAUUCAGGGCAGGGCCCCGACGGCGAUGACCCCGAGGACCCCGGCGACUGUGGCGAAUUUCGGCCAACCGGUGCCAUGGAGGGGGAUUUUCGGAGACUGCGAUUGGUGGAGGAGGAGGCGGGGCUCCGGGCGCCGCACGUGCUUCCCGAGACCACCGAGCUGGACCCUGACCUGGACCCGGACCCGGACCCGGACACACCCGAGAGGGAGCCCAGGCUGGUGCGCGGUCACUUCUGCCCCGUCAAGAGGAAGGGCAGCGGCGUGCGCCGCAGCCAGGGGGCGCUGCUGAGCAUGAGGGAGCACUCGCGCUCGCUGGACAGCCAGACGGACGCCGCCGCUGCCACCACCGCCACCGCCGCCGUCAUCGACCUCAACGCCCUGCUGGAGAGGGAGUUCAGCGUGCAGAGCCUGGCCUCGGCCGUCAACGAGGACUGCUUCUACGACAUGGCGGACGGCCUGGGGUCCACCGCCGCCAUCCCCACUCUGUAGGGCCCGCGAAGCUCCGCCCCUGUCUGCAAUCCCACAAAGCUCCGCCCCUCUGUGGAUUACUCUUCCGGGCCGGGUCAGAACCAGUGCUGCUCUGGGCUGGAACUGUGUGAGGUGCACCCACCCGUCGUGUGAGGAUUUUGCCCGUUAGCUGAUCCGUGCAUCAUGGUGGUCCGGUGCCUGGGCCUCUGUUGGAAUAGGAGGGACCAUGAAUCUUGCCUUGCUGUAUCUUGUGCCCUAAGCACACGAUUCGCCUGCGUUUUUUGAAAAAUUCGUUUUUUUGUUGUUUUUUUUACUUGGUACUGCCAGGUUUUUUUUUUAAAGAUAUUGUUCUAAAUUAUUUUGUAUUUAUUUAUAGGUUUCUAUUUUUUUAAACUGCAUAGGAGGAAAGCAGCUGUUGGGUUAAGACUUGAAAUCCUUGAGUUUAACCACCCCUCUACACUGACUGGAGAUUGAAUCUGGGGAAAAAAUGCUUAUUAAAAAUGUUUAUUUUGUUAAACUAAAUCAAGUAAAUUGAAAAUGAGGAAAACUGUUUUUAUUAACCAGUCUUAACCAGUAUGCAGCUUUGUUUAGGCAUAAUUAUCCAGAUUUUACAUACCACCUUUCUGGUUGUUAAAGCAACAAUGCCGAAUUAAUUUGUCUAAUGCACGCUGUAUGCAGCUGUGUACAGGGAAUAAAGGUCUUAUUUUGAAAACCGUUUAAAAAAAACUGAUUUCUAUUUUUUCCCAUAUCCAUUUUGAUUCAGUCCCUUACAUAAAUGUUUGAUGUCAUACCGUGUUCAGUGAGUCAUUCUUUCAUAAUCACACAGAAUAAUGUUGAAGGCAGCCAAUUUCCCCAUUGCAUUAUAAACAGGAAAUGUUUAAUCCCAAAUAUACCUUAUUUUUGACAAGUGCUACACAAAUACAAUGUUUCCGGGUACAAUUGUGUACAGAGCAAACUAUCAAAAUAUACUCAUAUUUGUCAAUGGAAUGAUGAAACUAAACUGCUUAAAUUUGGUGAUUAUAAAAUUCUACUGAAGUAUUUGAACCUGCAGACAAUUGUACAACUAGAAGAUUAAUUCAGUCCUCAUAAAUUAAUGAAAAUUUAAAAAAAAUGUGAACUGAACUGUAGGUUUAACAGCAAUAAAAAUACCACGAUAUGAUUUUAUCUAUCAUUUUAUAAUUUAGCAAAAGGUGUGACUUUAUCACUGAUAAAGUUCUAGCAUUUUUGUCUCGCCAUCAAAAAGCAACUUUUUUUCUGUAAUUUUACCUUGAAAUGUGACAAAAGUUGCAUUUUGUCACCCUUUGUGAUUUACAAAUGAGAGUUUUUACAAAAACGUUUCUGUACUGUAUUUUCUCAGAAUGAAUCAUGUUACUUGAAAUGUCUUGCGUUCUUACAUAUACUGUACGUGACACUGAACAGCAAAGUGCAAUGUGCAAUAAAUUAUCGUUGUAUCAGUUAAGGGAUGUUUGUGAACAUCUCCACGUUUAUUUUAGCUGCAUUGUAAAGUGCACAGCCAAAUGGACUCAAUUCCAGCUCGCUGUUCUGUGACCCUGCAAAAAAAUUUGUUAUCAACACUCGCUUAAACAGGCAAUGUGAAUUUGCUUUUUGAAAUACUGUUUUAAUAAUAAAAUGUUGGUACACGUG